AUGAUAACGCCUUACCUCCCUAUAUACACUGCACAGCAAGCCCAGUUCUACCAGAUCAAGAAGACCAGCUGGAAAAACGUGAAGAAGUUCAUCAAAUAUCUCGAUAAGCAGGUCCUGGUGAAGGCGAAAGACCGCAGCGGCCAAGAAACUGUCAUCUUAGACGUGGACUUUGACGACCGUCGGGUACUGAACUUCGUGCCAUACCGACUCCCGAACAAGAAUGCAUUAGAGGGCGCAGGAAAAUCAACUGCAACCGGCAAGAAGCCCGCAGCGCCGACAGACGGCGACCCAGCUGUUGGCCAGACGCUCAAUGUGCAGAGUCUCUACCGGCCGACGUCGAAGCUCACACCAACAAUAUUCCCGUCUCUGGGCAGCACCAACCCCAGCAACUACUACAAAUACUCCGACGUCUCUACCCACAUUGAUCAGUACACGCAGUCCCAGAAUCCUCCAAUCAUCGACCCGCAAAACAAGCGCGUCAUCACACUCAACCCAUUCCUCGCAAACACCAUCUUCACCUCCUCCUCGCCAGAGGACCGCAACACUCUCGCCCGUGGCAAAACUACCCGCGAUAUGCUCUUGAAACGGCUCGUGGAAGACCCGACACUCAUGGCCCCACACUACGCCAUUCUCAAACCAGGCCAGACGCUAUCAGACGUGAAACCCAAACCUGGAGCAGCGCCAAAGGUGAAUGUAAUCCUCGAGCGCCGCACAGGCUCCAAGACGGUGACAAAAGUCUCGAAUCUAGAAAUCUUCGGCAUAAUCCCUAACCUACUUGCCGAGGAAUUGCAGAAGAAGUGUGCCAGCAGCACGAGCGUGUCUCAGGCCACAGGCGCAGCAAAGGGUGUGAUGGAGGUUCUUGUACAGGGUGAUCAGCGCAAGGCAUUGGAGACUGCGCUUACACGGCGGGGAUUGAAGUCGCAGUGGAUUGAGGUGGUGGACAAGACAAAGAAGAAGAAAUAG